GUUCGCGUACGUGAUGUCUGAGGCAGCUCGACAGUUGCCCGCAGAUCUCUGAACGGUUCACUGCGUCGUGUCUGUCUGUCGAGUCUUGGCCCAAGAUAAUUUUUAAAAAUAUAGAUAUAUAUAUUAAGAUAUCUCGGUAGUGUGUGUUUUGUUAAGAGGGCAUCAUGGAACGGCCAGCCCUGCUGCACAAUGGAGAGCUAAGCAAUCUUGAAACCGGCACCACCAAGCUGGUCAGCAAGCCCUUUCCCAAGCCCUUCUCCAUCGAGAGCUUGAUUGCCAACCAAACACCUGCCAAUACUGGGCCUCCGUCGCCGCCAGAGGAGAGGGAGCACGAACCGGAGCAGGAACCCGACCAGGAGCAGGAGCUAAGUGCCCGCGCCAUGGUAGCCAGUUCUGCUUUGGGGCUCACCCAGUUCCCUUUGUACAAUCCCUGGCUGCACGGCUACUUUGCCCAGAACCAUGAGAGAUUAACGCAUUUAAUUGCCGGCGGCUGCUACCUGCCCUCCACUCCAGCUAGUCAUCCGGGUGCACAGCAGCCGCAGCCACAGCAGCAAGUACCACAGCCGCCGCCGCCGCAUCCACCACAUGCCUUGGAGAAACAGCAUCCACCGACGCUGCCUCAUCCGUUGGAUACACGUUUCCUGCCCUUUAAUCCCGCCGUUGCUGCCGCCGGCGUAGCACCCACGGAUCUGAGCUAUCGGCGACUGGCGGAGCUCAUGAACCAGGAUUAUGUGCACAGUCUGAGUGUCCAUGCCAGGCUGCAGCAUAUGGCUGCCGCUGGCAGGAUCCAAGAGGAUCCAGCUAACUCCAAUCUGGUGCAGCUCCAGGAACCAAUGCCUCAGCUGUUACGCUCUUCACCGGCAAAGUCGUCCGGCAGCCGCAGUCCCGUGGAGCCAACGCUGGAUGUGGGCGUGGACGAGGAUUUCGAGUGCAGCGGUGACUCCUGCAGCGACAUCAGUCUGACCAUGUCCCCAAGGAACUACAACGGGGAGCUGGACAAAAGCAGGAAUGGAGCUUAUACCAAUUCGGAUAGCGAGGAUUGCAGUGACGAUGAAGGUGCCCAUUCACGACAUGAUGCCGGCGGAAUGAGCAGCAAGGACUCCCAAGGCAAUGGCUCCAGUUCCAGCUCCAAGUCACGUCGCCGGCGUACAGCCUUCACUUCGGAGCAACUGCUGGAACUAGAGCGAGAGUUCCAUGCCAAGAAGUAUCUCAGUCUAACCGAAAGGAGUCAGAUAGCCACCAGUUUGAAAUUAAGCGAGGUUCAGGUGAAAAUCUGGUUCCAAAACCGUAGAGCCAAGUGGAAAAGGGUUAAGGCUGGACUCACCUCCCAUGGACUGGGUCGUAAUGGUACUACCAGCGGCACCAAGAUCGUGGUGCCCAUACCAGUUCAUGUCAACAGGUUCGCCGUACGCUCCCAACACCAGCAGCUGGAGAAGAUGUGCCUCAGUGGUCCCAAACCGGAUCUCCGCAAGAAACUCUCCACGGAGACAAUCGGCGGCUUUGAGAAGUUCAGUGGUGCCUCCAGUGUGGUUAUUCCACCACCACCACCAGUUGUGGGUGGUGUCGGUGUAGGAUUGGGUGUGAGUUUGGGAGGAGCCACACCACUUUCCCUUGCCAGGAGCAUCUACUGAUGGAGUUGUGUUCUGUGUCCUUGCGUGUAAAU